AUGUCAAUAUUUGUGGACAGCUCCAAGAAGGGCUUGCAGUAUCUACAGCUUCUAUCUACAUUCUUAGGGCUCAGUCUAGCAGGGUCCACCACGAACAAGGUAGACAUCAACGAAUCAACCGUUGCCCUAUGUUGGAUACAAAGAUAUAGACGUUUACCCACAAUGAUCACCAAGCUCGUCCAGAAAAUUGGGCUCAUUACAAAAAGAAUCCGUGUUUUCGGCAAUGUCACAUUCUGCUAUGUGCCAACACAUGAAAACAUAGCUGACUGCGCAACUAGAGGAUGUGACCGUUGGUGGUCUGGUCCAACAUGGUUAAAUACCAUAAACAAUUGCUGGCCUGCCGAGGACGCAACCAAUCUACGAGAACAAAACAUCGACAGUGACUUGCUACGAGUCACCUCUUACUGCGCUCGUUUCAUCCGUAGCGCAACAAGGGGCGAAAUUUUUGCUCUGAAAACAAAAUCACUGACGACAGCUACUCCCUCAGCUNGGCACGAACAAGCCAAGCACAAUUCUGCUUCACUCAUGGAGAACAAAAAGCUGAAUGUCAGACUGCAUAGCGAAGGCAUGCUGACAAAGUGCAGCAGACUACAUUAUGUAGACGCUAGCUCCGACACCGCGAAUCCGAUUCAUACACCAAAGCAAAGCAAUCUCGGAUAUCUUGUCGCACUGCGACUGCACAAUGGACUUUCAUACUGUGGAACGAACCAGCUUCUGUACAAUGUUCCUGAAACAUUGUGUGAUAUGCAGGAAAUACAAUGCUGCACCUUACAGGUACCCAACUAUGGAUCCUCUACCUUCAGAGCGUGUUACACAAUCACCUCCCUUUUCUCAUACUGA